ACUAGCAUCACCUGCAACAGGCACACACCCAAAUAUACAAAUAUACAGGUCUCAAACUGGAAACAAUUCAUAUACAUCACCAUGCAAUAAAAUUGUAACAGCAUUUAACUUUAAAAUUGAAAUUUAAUGCACCAAAAAGAGACAUGAUUUACUUGUACAUGUAUUGUUUUAUAUAUAGCAAGUCUAAAUUUGUAUGCAAAUUUAACAAUAAUUUCACAAAUUUUUAUACAUUUGAUUUAUUUAUCACUUUUUUUAACAGUUAUCUGUUUGAGAUUUGUACUUAUUGUUAAAGAUCAAACCUUGGAAAUUAUUUCAUAAUUGCAAGAUUUUAUCAUCUCAUUAAUUAAGAAAUGAUUAUUGGUCCCAUAGUAGUCUACAAAAAGAUUGCAGCGCCAUAUAUGUAUGUGAUAUUGUGUCUGUUGCCAGAAUAUUAGAUAUGCACAACUCCAGUAACAGGAAAAACUUGUAAGGCAAAAUCAUAUUGUCUGCUGGUGCUUUACUUGGGGGCUUUUUAUGCUAUUGCAUACAAUUUGUUAAAAAAUUAAUUAAUAGACACCACUCCAAAUGAAAAUAUCCUGUAAAUCUGAAAUUUCUUAUUAUUUCAAUUUAAUUGAAUAUUGGCUGAAAUCUUUGCAUGAAGACACCAUAUAUAAGAGACCAGCAGAUGCAAUGAAUUCUGUUUCAGAAUUAAAUCCACCAUGGCAUAGUAAAAAAAUGAAGACACUGUAUCAUGAGCACUCACUUUAAUGUAACUGUGGUAUAUCACAAUACUGUAUACAGGGAAAUAUUCGCCCCCGUUUUAUUUUCGUCCCUUUCGCCCUAGUUGUCAGCAAGCGGAUUUAAGACUGGGCGAACAUCAAUGUAUUCAAUUAUUUCUUUUUAAACACAACUGUGUCUUGACAAAUUCAAAAUGGGGUGAAACCGUUUGCAAGUGUAAAAGAGCGAAAAUUACACGGGGCGAAAAUAACCAUGUAUACAGUAAUAAGGUUUAAUAUUUCAGAAACGAUUUAAAAUUCCUUUUAUCUAAAUUUUCAUUGUAAUAUAUGGUAUAUUAGAUAAUAAAAAUGCAAAGAUUACAGAACCUAAACAGUUAAUUAUCUAAAUGGUUAUGUAUGUAUAGAUAUUAACAUCUGUAUUGUAUGAAUGUUAGCAGUGUGUCCACCUAUUUGACCAUUACCUGUCCCAGUUGUAGGAAAUACCUUUGUUAAAGUUUGGAAAGACAGGAUACAUAAAUCUAGGAGAAGCAAUUUCCCGGAUCCGACCAUCGACGAGAUCGUGCGGUCCCAGAUCAGCCACCAGGCCAGCAUCCCCAUGUCUAGACAGCCCACCCAGAGGCACAUCCUGGAGGUGUCCGCAGCACAACAGAGGCAGCAGGAUGUGCUCACCCAGGCACGUAGACAUCAGCCUGCCUACCCAGUAACAGGCAGAUUGUGUUACCGCCACAAACUGGCCAUCCGGCGAGACCAGAUCAACCCCAAUCUUGUUCUCAUCCAGGACUCCCUGACCCACACUUUUAUCCUGCAGGGAGACAAAUCAGGUAAUUCCAUUCGUCAGCACCCUAACCCUUUUGAUGAACAAUAUACUCAUGCCAAAAACAGCCGACCUCGUGCUCAUGUGCCUGAAACUUCAUUUAACAAUUAUGAACCUCUUGAUAAUCACAAAAAACCACCACCCCCACCUGAGGAGCACUUGCCCCCCUCACAAGGGGAUGCCACUGAGGAAACCACUGCCAAGGAGGAGCCAGUGAUGGAGGAAGAGGAGGAGAUUGAUCAUAGAAAACAUGGCCACAAGGGAAAACACAAGGAGAAAGGGGGAAGAAAGAGCAGAAUGGUUGAAGAAACCAAUGUUUUGUACCAGUUUUCACAAGAAAAGAGAGUUCCCUCAUAUGUACCAACUUGUGUGCAGGAAUCCAUUAAUCCCAUAGAGUUAGCACUGGAGAAAAAAUUCUCCGUCGUGAUUCCGCAAGAAAAUAAUGUUCCAUUUCUGACAACGAGGGAGAUUAAAAAUCCAGGCAGGGAAAUUAAAAAUCUGGGCAGGCUAAUUUUGCGUAGAGGGUCAAUUCAAGAUCGCAGUACUUUCCAGCGUAAUUGUUUUCCUCAGUUUAAGUCUGAUCUGAGGAAAUCUUUUGAAGUCUUCUCUUCUUUCACUGGUAUUGAAGCCUUCCUGAAUUGGGUACCUGCGUUUCGAGCUGACAUUUCACUUUCACUUCUAACUGUUGAUGCUUUCUAACUUCUUGGUUUUGUUUUAUUUCAGUUUAAUUUCACACUACUUUUUUUUUAUAUCUAUUAUUUUUUUGAGAUUUACAGCAGUUUCAGGGUAAACAACUUUAAAAAAUAUAAUUUUAUAUGAAUACUAAAACACAAAAAAUCUUGUCA